AUGACAUCACCAGUGGGCUCGUGGUUUGCCAGUCCUAUCCUCUCAGGAAUAGUUUCCGUACUCAUAUUUCUCGCGCUUCGAGAAGCACCUCUUGAACCGGGACUCAUAGCUCUUCCUCUAAUCUAUGGGAUUGUUGUCUUAAUUAACAUAUUCUCCAUCGUUGAGGACGAUCCCUGGGCUCACACCCAAUGGUAUAUUGCCCUCGGAGUAGCCAUAGGAGUUGGUCUUAUAAUAGCAGCUAUUGUUUGGUUUUUUGUAGUCCCGCGACAGAGAAAGUCUAUUACCGCUAAACUCGAAAAAUUGUCGAAACCAGAUUUAAUGAUAAAGGAAGUGCCAAAAAUUGAUACAAACGACAACCUAGAUCAGCCCAUUGACCAAAAACAAGAACUCAAUCACACCAACGAAAAGAACCCGAAUAUAUUGAAUUGUGAAGACUUAGUCACUAAUGACAUUGAAAACGGACAUAAAGUGUUGAAUGGUGUGGACGUAGCUGUAAGUGAAGAAGACGAAGACGAUAAGCCAGAAGUAUCCCAUUUGUUCACAUUCUUGCAAAUACUGACGGCUUGUUUCGGGUCAUUCGCUCACGGAGGCAAUGAUGUCAGGUAUGGACUCAUUCACUAAUUCGUGUAUUUAUUUAUAUU